UGUAAUGGAGGUGAUGACUUCGUCUUCCAAAGGAAAGAAAGUUUGUUUUGGAUGUAAAAUGUAUCUUACAGAACCAUACAUAAAAUGCGUUGAGUGUUCAACAUCAGUGUGGAUAUGUUUACACUGUUUUGCUCAGGGAUACGAAGCUUCAAGCCAUAAAAAUAAUCAUGAUUAUGAGGUAAUCUCGUUAGAUUUCUCCAUCAUUGAAGACACCUGGAAUGCCGUGGAAGAGAUUGUACUUUUAGAUUCAAUUGCAGAAUUUGGACUUGGAAACUGGAGUGACAUUGCUUGUCGUGUAAGAACAAAAUCUCCUGAAGAAUGUGAAAGGCAUUAUUUAAGCAAUUAUAUUAAUAAUCCAAAACAAUCUUUACAAUGGAUUUCUGAAUUUGUUCCACCAGAUGCAACUAAUAACUUUUUCAUGAUACCUUAUCAACCAUGUGAUGACCCUCCAAGACCUAAAGAUGACCCUAGCCAGGCAGUUGACAUGGCGCAAUAUAUGCCAUGUCGUGGUGAUUUUGGAAUAGAAUAUGAUAACUUUGCUGAAUGUGAUAUUAAAGACAUAAAAUUUGAUUUUGUGGACCAGAGCGAUGAUCAUCUCAAACUAACAGCAGUUGAAAUUUACCUAAGCAGGAUAAAGGAACGUUGUUUUCGUAAGAGAUUGAUUAAAGAUUAUGGCCUAAUUAAUAUCCACAAAACAGACAUGAUUGAGCAGAAUCUUCCCAAGACAGAAAAGGAUAUGAGGGAAAGGCUUAAACCAUUUUGUAAGCUUCAUACAGCAGAAGAACAUGAAAGGCUUGUUCAAGGACUUUUACUGGAAUAUUCAUUAAAACAAGAAAUCCUCAAAUUGCAACACUGUAGAGCAGAAGGUCUUGUACUGAAAGAGGGUGCCAAGAUAUAUCAAAUGUCACGAGAUGAAAGACUUCAGCACAUGAAGCGAGACACUAUGCUUCAGGAUAUUACAUACAUGCUAGAAGACAAAGUUGCUUGUCAAAGCUGGUUGCAAAAGCAAGCUAUUCUUCAGAGUUCCAUUGGUGUUGCUCCAUUUUUGACUCCAUCAUUAGGACGUAAACCUGCCUCUAGAUUAGACAUAAGUGGUACACCUGGAGUAGAAAGGUUGACAGAAGAGGAGAGAGAGUUGUGUUCAAAGUUGAGACUUUUACCUGAACCAUAUCUCCAUUAUAAGCAUACAUUAAUGAAAGAAAGUGUGUCUUUAGGAUCACUUAAACUUGCACAAGCACGAACUCUUAUAAAAAUAGAUGUUAACAAGACUAGAAAACUUUAUGACUUUUUUGUCAGGAAGAAUUGGAUCAAAGGUUGUACAUAAAAUAGUAAAACAAAUGAAAUUAUAAUUAUUCAAUAUAUUUCAUCUAAAA